GGUGUUUGAAGAGAAUGAAAAUCCAUAUUUAGUAAAAGAGAAACAGCAGCAGCAGCAGCCAUUACAUCUUCCUUCCAUUCCUCAGAAAUUUGUCCGAUCUGUAAGGACUAUUAGACAAUCUCUGCAAAAGACAAAAGCAGUUGGAGAAGAAAGAGAAAAUCCCAUGGAUCAUUCAGCAAUUACCAGUGUUUCCUCCAGCCAACUAGAAAAUGAAACACAGAAAUGUAAUGAUACCAUCAGGACUAACAAUCCACAAAUUGCCCAAGUUCCAUCCAUGCAAAACCAGAUGCAAUUCAGAUUGCUAGCUCCUCAGAAGCAGACAACUUCCAAGCAAUGGUUUGAAAAUGAAGCUGUGGUGACAGCAAAUAAAGAUGCUGAGUGUGGAGAUAAGGAAGAAGCAAGCAAGGCCAAAGAUUCUUUACAUGUCUCUCAAAACAUACCCACAGAAUCUUUUAGAUCAACAGAGGAUAAUCCCAAUACAGCAGAAGAAAGAACUGAGAAUUUUUCAAGAACCCCUGAGAUGCCUGCAUUUAUAAGAACACCUGAAUCUAAUGAGAA